CGACUGCUCACAGCGUCAACGAGUUCACAUUGCCAACGCUCUACACUCUACACAGUCUCGAAAGUAUUUAUUCAACAAUAAACAUGGCUACAGCAGCAGUUCAAGUACCGUCGGUGGUAGCACCGGUCGCCGUAUCGUCUCCGAAAAAGAAGACUACCAAACCAGCCUCUGCAGGCAAGUCUGCUGCGCCCGCUCACCCGUCUACCGCGGUAAUGGUGGUUGCUGCCAUAGCCGAGCUUAAGGAGAAAAAAGGUUCGUCGCUGUCGGCUAUCAAGAAAUACAUGUCCAACAACUACAACGUGGAUUCCACCAAACUCGCGCCGUUCAUACGCAAGUUCCUGAAGGCAGCCGUUGUCAAGGGAUCAUUGGUGCAAACCAACGGUAACGGAGCCAUGGGCCAUUUCAAACUUCCCGUCGAAGUAAAGAAGAAGCCCGUCGCCGCUAAGAAACCCAGCGCCGCCAAAAAGGUCGUUAAGAAACCGACGAACGCCGCAGUUACACCGAAAAAAAGGAAGCUGACCGCCAAGAAAGCAGCUGAGCCUGCUGCAAAGAAGCUUAAAACGGUUGCGGCCAAGCCCAAGAAAUCGCUAGUCAAAGCUAAAAAAGUGGUCGUAGCACCAAAACCACCAAAGGCUAAGAAGACGCCAGCCGUCAAACCAACGAAGGCCGCCCCCAAGAAGAAAUAAACAUGGAAAUUAUGCUAUCCAGGAUGAGUAAUUGACUAAAUGUAAUGAUAUGUAUGUGUGUGAGAAGAUGUUCAACCUUAAAAUGGUCCUUUUCAG